UUUCUUUGUUUUUUGAUUUCCAAUUGUACCAAAAUUCAAUAUAAUUCUUAUCUAUUUGUUAGUCACUGGUCUCUCUCUCAUUUCGAUCCUGUGCAUUUGCAUUAAUCCAUUUUUUCUAGCUUGAACUCCUAAUUUGCUGAAAUGUGCGAUUCGGAAAGGAGCGAGGUUGGCUUGACGCAGCUGAGGCGUAGUAGGGCCGUUCGUAAGCGUCAGAUCACCAUGCUGCUUAAGAUGCUGGAUGAAUCGCCUGAAUCAGCGAUGUACCAUCAGACCACUUCCAGAAUGGCUGAUGGUGGGUUCACUUUACGUAGUUGGGUGUCCAACAACGCUGCUCUCCAGAGAGAAUUUCACAAUGACCGUUGUGGUACAGAUCACGGGAGUAGCAGUGAGAAGGUCCUUGGCUACCAGUAUUAUCCUGCGACGGACACGAUGUGCGUAUCCAGAAUGAGUCCGGUAUCUACGGAGGGUACUGCAACUAAGAGGAAAGUAUUGUCUCAGUUGGCUAAAGUGUUCGAUCCCCUGGGACUUGUGACCCCUGCUUUAGUAUCUAGUAAGAUAUUUCUGAGGAAACUCUGGCUUGCUAAAUACGCAUGGGACGACCCUCUUAAUGAAGAGCAUUGUCAGGAAUGGCAGACAAUAUCGUCUAAUGUUCAACAGUUGACUAAUUUCUCCUUCCAGCGCAAAACCAUUGACUCUGAUAAAGAGGUAUCUUUAAUCUUAUUUUCUGACGCUUCACAAACGUCUUAUGGCUGUGCAAUGUAUGCAGUUCAGCAGUAUGAUGAUCAUUGCAAUUCUAACUUGAUUUUCUCUAAGAAUAAGAUUGCUCCAAUUAAAUCAAAAUCUGUUCCAACUUUGGAAUUACUUGCUGUGUUUUUGGCCUUCAAGUGUCUCUUUUCCAUUUUGGAGAGCGAAAAAUUUAAAGUAUCUUCAGUAACAUUUGGCAUUGAUGCGCAGAUUGUGCUGUCUUGGAUCUUGACGAACAAAGUCAAGGCCAAGAAUGUGUUCGCGAGGAACAGAGUUAAAGACAUUUCUGAAUUUCGAGUAGAACUAGAGAAAAAGUACGGGCUAGACGCAAAGUUCAGGUUCAUUCCUACCGAACUCAAUCCAGCAGAUUUGGUUACCAGAGAUGUUAAUAUUGUCGAAUUUCAGAAGAAGUUCCAAUUCUGGAUCCAUGGUCCAGAUUUCCUCUCGUCAACUUUUGUUUGGCCCCAGCGUGAGCUUGGUUGUUUGUCGCCUGUUAAUGGGGCUUUGGCCUCUAACUUUGCUUUGCAGGGACGAGAGGACAAAAGUACUCUGCCAACUGGCUCAGCGGUUGCAGCAGACGAGGCUGCUGAUGAAGCGGAAGCGGAGGUGCCGACUGCCGUUGAACGUCCCGAGCGUGCGGCGGCCGUGCGCUGCAAGGAGAGGCUACGCCAUUGCAAUUAA